UGGCGCUGCAAGGGGAAGGGGGAGCAGCCACUCGCCCGCACCGAGCUGAACACUAAUAUGGGAUUUCCCGGUGUGGACGUGGGAGGCAAUGUGAACAUCGAGAAAACACUUCUCUGACCUCCUGAUUGGCGUUCUGACCAGGUAAGGCUGGACUCCGACCGUCUGUAGGAGGUUUCCACUUUAUUUAACUGAAAAGGACUGGAGUGCAAAGAUGCCAAUCAUGGAGAAAAAGACGGCCAGAGACAGUGAAGUGCUCCCAAAGGUGCCCGUGCCGCCGCUGAAACAAACCCUUGACACGUACCUGAAGUGCGUCCAGCACCUGGUGAAGGACGAGCAGUUUAAGAAGACGAAGGCAAUCGUGGAGAAGUUUGGUGCUCCUGGAGGAGUCGGAGAGAUUCUGCAGAAGAAGCUUCUGGAGAGAAGCGACAAGACGAACAACUGGGUGUAUGAGUACUGGCUUGAGGACAUGUACCUAAACAACAGGUUGGCUCUACCUGUUAACUCCAGUCCCGUCAUGGUGUUUCCUCAGCAGACGUUUAGAGAUCACAAAGAUGCUCUCAGAUUUGCUGCUCGUCUCAUCCAAGGAGUGUUGGACUAUAAGGCUCUCAUUGAUGCGCGUGCCCUACCGGUGGAUUUUGCUCGAGGCCAGCUUGCCGGGACCCCGCUGUGCAUGGAGCAGUACUACCGCCUCUUCACCUCGUACCGCUACCCGGGUCUGAAGACAGACACGCUGAAGGUCCACAUGAACGCAGCCUCCUCAACGCCAGAGCACAUCAUUGUGGCAUGCAAGAAUCAGUUUUUUGUGCUGGAUGUUGCCCCAAACAACAAGCAGCUCAAUGAGACAGAGAUCUUUUCCCAACUGGAGAAAAUCAUGAAAAUGGCAGAAAACACUGAAGAGAGACUCCCUCCUCUUGGUGUCCUGACUUCUGAUGGAAGAACAGAAUGGGCUCAAGCCAGAGAUGUUCUCACAAAAGAUCAAACCAACAGGGACUCUCUGGCCCUGAUGGAGAGCUGUGUGUGCGUGGUGUGUCUGGAUGAGCCCUGUGGUCUCCAGCCGAGGGACACCAACAGGGCUCUGAUGAUGCUGCACGGCGGCGGGCGUGAGAAGAACGGGGCCAACCGCUGGUAUGACAAGUCAAUGCAGUUUGUUGUAGGAAUGGACGGGUUUUGUGGAGUUGUGUGUGAUCAUUCCCCAUUUGAAGGAAUAGUUCUGGUGCAGUGCUCUGAAUACGUGAUGAAAUACAUAACAGGGAGUCCCACCAAGACAGCAAAGGCGUCCACCGCCAGAGAGCUUCUUCGUCCAAGAAAGCUGCUCUGGAAAUGUAACGCACACAUCCAUGGACUGCUAACAUCCUCUGGAGACAGACUUCAGAAGCUGGUGGAUAAUCUCGACAUGGAUGUUUUCAAGUUCAAGGCUUACGGGAAAGAAUUCAUCAAGAAGCAGAAGAUGAGUCCAGAUGCGUUCAUACAAGUCGCCUUGCAGCUUGCAUUUUUCAAAUGCACUGGGAGGCUCGUGUCCACUUAUGAGAGCGCGUCCAUUCGGCGUUUCCAAGAGGGUCGGGUUGAUAACAUUCGCUCAGCCACCCCCGAGGCCCUGGCUUUUGUUAAGUCCAUGACAGAUGAGAGGGUCACUUACACGGAUUCAGAAAAAAGUAAGCGACUAAGGGAUGCAAUCAACGCCCAGACAAGUUAUACAAUUGCAGCUAUCACAGGAAUGGCAAUAGACAAUCAUCUCCUUGGACUUCUGAGGAUCUCAAAGGAGCUCAAGUUGGAGAAACCAGAGAUUUUCUGUGAUGAGACGUAUGUGUCCAGUAACCACUUCAUCCUCUCUACCAGUCAGGUCCCCACCACAGUUGAAAUGUUCUGCUGCUACGGCCCGGUUGUACCCAACGGCUACGGCGCCUGUUACAACCCGCAGUCGGACCACAUUCUGUUCUGUGUGUCCAGUUUCUGGGAAAACACGGAGACCAGCUCUGCUGUUUUCGUCAAAGCCCUGAACGAGGGCCUGCUGGAAAUCAGGGAUCUGUGCAAUAGAAGCUGUGCUGCUGCUGCUGCUGUUGCUAGCAAACCGGCUGAUAGCGGCCAGGGAGCUAGCCAGCCUAAAAAAUCAGGGAAGUAAGCCAUACUGAGAGAGAAAGCGCUCAGCUGCUCCACUUCACACUCUUUAGACUCAGUGGUCGAGAUUGCUUUGUGUGUCUCUGUUGUGUGUGCAGUAGUGUUUAUUAAAUGACUAAAUGCAAAGCCUUAAACGUUCAUAUGUAAAUAUCAAAAACUGUGAAUGAACACUAGAAAACUCAACAUUUAUUUUGGAUGUGUGUAGACACCAGAAUGAUUUGGGGUCCAACAGUGACUCUACUUGACCCAGUAGACUGAGAUUAACUGGUCUGCUGCCUUUAGGAAACUGAAGCCAUGCCUGCUUUGUAGCACUGAUGUGAGGAGUAACUCCUUUUAAUCAGAGUGUGAAUCAACUGAGUGAUGUUCAUGUAGAACUUACACGUGUAGAUUAGUAACAGAAACCUUUAAAACAAUAUGAGCUUAAGUGUAUUAAUGUGACUCACAACAAUCAUGACACCGUGUAAAUGUUAUCCUGCAAACCUAUCCACUGUGUGUGUGUGUGUGUGUGUGUGUGUGUGUGUGUGUGUGUGUGUGUGUGUGUGUGUGUGUGUGUGUGUGCCAUGCUAACAACACACUGGAUCAUGCAUAUUUUAACAUCUAUUUCAACAUGCAAAAGUGUUUUUUUGUUUUGUUUAUUUUGCAUCUACUGACAUUGUAAGGUUGCCAAAGAGGUUGUCUGUAUAUGAAAUCUGUCUGUGUAGGCACUUUAUGAUAUUUCUGUAAAGAGUAGAAUGGAUACAUGUUAAUGUGGCUAUAUAGUGUGUGCAGAGGGGCACAUUAGACAUGCACAAGUAGUACUGUGUGUUCUAUAAAAUAAUAGCAAUAGUAAAAAAAAACAUGUAAUGAACAGUGCAAUUUUGAAGUAAGUUACUAGUGGUGACCGAGGCAUACCACUGUGUUCUUGUGUAUAUAAGUGCUUUUUACUUGCACUUAGAGGUAGAAUAAGGGUACUGUAUGGAUGUAUCGUACACUUUGUGCAAUAAUCAUAUUAAAGCAAGUGCAGUGAGGGUAUAUGUGCAAUUAGCCAAAUCAGUUUAUCAGAUGCAUGAAGCUUAUAUAUGGUCGCAUUGGUUGCUAUUUUUGAUAUUCACUGUGACUUUUUUUUAGUGUGCAUUGUGGUUCAAAUCUGUGUUGGUCGACAGCAAAUCAGAUCAGUGAUCUUUAGCGAUAAAUAUCUGAUGAUAUGUGUUGUAUUGUGUCCAUGGUGACCUUUGAUGUAUAACUUAUGAUCAUCAGUCAGUCUGAACCAUGUUAUUAAUCAUUUCAAAAUCCAUAUCAAGAGAAGUCUUUAAGCUGAACACAUGCAUGUUUAAUCUUCCAUACUAGCUGUAUUUUUAUAUGUACAAAUGAAAAAGUGUUUAUAAAGAUAUAUUAAAAUAUUGGGGUGCAGAUAAGUGACAAAUAUGCCUUAAAAUAACAAGAUGCAAACUAUUUCCUGCCACUUGUAAUAUUCUAUAAAUGUUAAAUGUUUGACCUCUGAUGUAAAUUUGCUCAGUUUGUUCCUGAUGUUUUCUGUCUAAUCUGAGUGGUACGUGUAACCGAAUGUAAAGUUUGUCAUGUGGUAUUCAGAGAGUCUCGUUCAUAAACAGUCAGUAAUAAUCCCUGUGAGUAGGAGCAGCUGUAAUAAUAUAUUGUACCACAGCAUUGUAUUAACAUAACCUGAAAUAUUCAUGCAAUACGUAGCCUCAUAAGGCACAUGUUGGAAAAAAUAAAAGCAUUUGAGUUUG